UGUGUCAAGUGCCUGGAAAUUUGCUAGUACUGUUAAGUGAAGGAGAAGGGGGGCAGUUCUGGUGGGUUUUGUUUUUAAAAUAGGUAGUCAGAAAUCUGUUACUUGCCUGUAUAGAAGAAUCUGGUGGAGGAGGAAUCCAAUCCACUGGUCCAGGUGAAGGCCGUUCGGAGGGGAAGGGAGGAUGAGGAGGGAGCCAGAUUUAGCUGCCCAAGCUGUCCAUGAAUCAAAGGAAGUCGAUGCCACGGAGGCUGGGAGCAGAAGGGAACUCUGGGAAGGAGCAGUACAGAAGACCCUGGGAGAUGUCCUUUCUCCAGAUGAGCAGUGCCAACAAUUCAGACAGUUCCACUACCAGGAGGCUGAGGGGCCCCGAGAGGUUUGCAGCCGGCUCCAUCAUCUUUGCCAGCGAUGGCUGAAGCCGGAAAGGCACAGCAAGAAGGAGAUGCUGGACCUGGUGAUCCUGGAGCAGUUGCUGGCCAUCCUGCCUCCGGAGAUGCGGAGCUGGGUCAGGGAAUGCGGGCCGGAGACCAGUUCCCAGGCGGUGGCCCUGGCAGAGGGCUUCCUCUUGAGCCAGGCAGAAGACCAGAAUCAAGACCAGCAGGUGCAGAAAAGGAUCCCAUGGGAGUGUUUUUAUGGAGCAACAUUUCCAGGUAAUGCCAUACAUUAUUUGCCGUCUCUUUGGGGCAGAGUAAAAACAGCUUCCAGCCAACCAGGUCAGGGUCUGGUGACCUUUGAGGAGGUGUCUAUUCAUUUCACUGAGGAGGAGUGGGCUCUGCUGGAUCCGGACCAAAGAAGGCUUCACGAGGAAGUCAUGAAGGAAAAUGGUCAGAAUGUGGCUUCUCUGGAGGAUAAUGGGCUCCAGAACAAGUCCAAGGGAGAACUGCGACACUGCCUAUUUGAUGACAAACAGCAGAAAAGAAACAUUGGAACAAAAUGGAAGAGAGCUUCUCAGGAUGCUGAAUCCCAGGGGUUUGAUACGCACAGAAGAAUUAACACAGGGGAGAAACCAUAUAAAUGCUUAGAAUGUGGAAAAAGCUUUGAUCAGAGUUCACAGCUUACUAAACAUCAACAUAACCAUUCUGGGGAGAAACCAUAUAAAUGCCUGCAGUGUGGAAAAAACUUUUCUUGGAGUUCAAACCAUAAUACCCACCAAUGUGUACAUACUGAGGGGAAACCAUAUAAAUGCCUGGAGUGUGGAAAGAACUGUGCCCAUAGUUCACAGCUUAUCAUCCAUCAACGUAUCCACACAGGAGAGAAACCAUAUAAAUGUUUGCAGUGUGGAAAAAGCUUUGCUCAGAGUUCACAGCUUAUUAUCCACCAAUUUAUCCACACUGGGGAGAAACCUUAUAAAUGUCCGGAAUGUGGAAAGAGCUUUGCUCGGAAUGACAACCUAGCUACCCAUCGACGAAUCCACACUGGGGAAAAACCAUAUAAAUGCUUGCAGUGUGGAAAUAGCUUUACUCGGAGUAUAGAUCUUAGGGCCCACCAGUGCAUCCACACUGGGGAUAAACCACAUAAAUGCUUGCAGUGUGGGAAGAGUUUUCUUCAGAAUUCACAGCUUAUUAUCCAUCAGCGUAUCCACACUGGGGAGAAACCAUAUAAAUGCUUGGAAUGUGGGAAGACCUUUGCUCGGAGUGACAACCUAGUUGCUCAUCGACGAAUCCACACUCGGGAGAAACCAUACCAGUGCUUGGAGUGUGGAAAGAGCUUUGCUCACAAGAUUCACCUUAUUGCCCAUCAAAGUAUCCAUGCUGGAGAUAAACCACAUAAAUGUUUACAGUGUGAGAAGAGUUUUGCUCAGAAUUCACGGCUUAUUAUCCAUCAACGUAUCCACACUGGGGAGAAACCAUAUAAAUGCUUGGACUGUGAAAAGAGUUUUGCUCGGAGUGACAAGCUAAAAAUCCAUCAACGAAUCCACACAGAGCGGGAGGCAACCACAUAAAUGCUUGGGAUAUGAAAGGAGCUUUGCUCAAAACAAUUAGCUGAAGAUACACCAAAGAAUUCAUGCAGAGGAGAAAUUGUAUAAAUGUUUACAAUAUUGCAAUAUCUUAAGAACAUAAGAACAAGCCAGCUGGAUCAGACCAGAGUCCAUCUAGUCCAGCUCUCUGCUACUCGCAGUGGCCCACCAGGUGCCAUUGGGAGCUCACAUGCAGGAUGUGAAACCAAUGGCCUUCUGCGGCUGUUGCUCCUGAGCACCUGGGCUGUUAAGGCAUUUGCAAUCUCAGAUCUUCAGCUUCAAGCCCAACCUUUCCAGAGAUCAUCAUCUAGAGGUUUUGUGUCAAAUCAGGCCUGUGUUGAACUGUUGAACUGUUAUUGAUUAAGGCAUGUUGAAUUCUCAGCUAAAGUAUGUGAAAUAAAGUUUAUUACAACAUGCGAGUUAUCUGUCCUCCCCUGUGAAGAAAACUUAUGGAGGAUUGUCACAGACCUUUAGGGUUGAUUGAUUGUCCUGUUUAGGACU